UUAGAAAAAUAUAAUGAAUAGGUCUGACGCGAGUCGAUUAUGGUUUUCGCUCUCAUCGAAUCUGUUUUUGCUCUCCCUUUAACAAAAAUCUUUGAAGCAUAGGGAUAAAAAGUGAAGUUGAAUUUUGCUCUUACUUGCCUCUUUUCUCUGCUUUCUCCUGCGUAUUUUAUCUUGUUCUUCCAAACCAAAGUUCGAACACAGAAAACCAUUCAUUCCCAAAUCAAACUCAACCCCAAACCUAGAAGUAGAAGUGAGAACUCGUUCAAUUGGAUCUCAACGAAACCCUUUCUACUGUUGUUACUCCAUCUUCGUCUAAAGAGGAAUUACAAAAGGGUUUUCUCUUGAAGAUAAGAAGAAGAGCAGUUAAUAUUGCAGGAGUGUUAUGGAUAGUGUUCGACAGCUAAAAGUUCAAAGAUAUGAGGAUUUUGUUGAUCGUCGCUUGAAGCCGGAUCUUGUGCGAGCUAUUGCUGAACGGGACAAAGUCUUCGAAUCACAGAAGGUUUUUUCAGACUUACGGAAGAGUAUACAAACGUUGGAGAAAAAUGCAGCUACGAGCUUGCGUACGUUGGUCAAUCUUGGUUCCGAGGUGUACAUGCAAGCUGAUGUGCCGGACACUAGGCAUAUAUUCGUGGAUGUUGGUCUUGGAUUUCAUGUACAGUUCACCUGGUCUGAGGCCCUGGAGUUCAUAUCAGUAAAGGAAGCAAGAUUAGCCAAGCAAAUAGAUGAAUACACACACCUAAUUGCAUCCAUAAAAGUGCAAAUUAAAAUGGUUUGUGAAGGUAUUCAGGAGUUGCUCCAACUUGCAGCAUCAUGAUCCAACUGACGUGUUAAAGGUUGAAGAUUUCAUUAGAAGAGAACACUGGUGCAGAAGAGUUCAUUAGAUACUAACAUGCGCAAUCAAAUACCUGCUUUCAACAACUUACUCUUUUACUCCUUAGUAGGUUUUUAUUAUGUACUGAUGCUGUAGGUUGUUAAAUGCAGUUUCACCAGAAAUAUAGAAACAAGAAACACAUAGUAAAACAUGUCUGUGCUGUGGGGGAAUAAUCCAAAAACUUACAGCCUUUUGUUCUUUUAAACUAGUUGAUGCAUUUCUGUUGGGGUGUAUUUCAAUUUUAUUGCUCCAAGGUA